AUGCAGCCAUCAUCUGUGCCUUUCGGUCGGCCCUGGCUGAAGAUUGCAUUUCCUUUUCUUACGAUAUUAUUCGCAAUCGUGUUUUACAAUCGCGCGUCCUUGCCCGCGAUUUCGGUGACGGUGUCAAUCGCCCCCUUAUCUGAAACUUACAAAUUGAUUUUGGAACAUGCUGCCAACUGGAAUACAUGGGUGUACACAUCACCAUUCAGUUCGUCAGAGAGCCCAGUCAGAGCCUCAGGGAAGGGGUGGAAUCUCCUCCAUGGGAUUCAUAAGGCGGGCCAAAACACGGAGGCAUGGAGCAUUGCACCUCCACAAGGAUGCUAUGUGGAUCAGGUCCACCUGAUGUCACGCCAUGCAGAGAGAUACCCAAAAAAGUCUGCUGGAACUGGCCAUCUCGAGUUCUUGGAACGGGUGAAAAACACCGGUCAUCCUCUCAAUGGCUCGCUUGCAUUUAUGAACAACUGGACCUAUUUCACCAAUGACCCAUCACGAGAUUUUGGCCAAUUAACCCACACCGGCCCGCACCCAGGUACUUUGGAAGCGGUCUCUUCAGGUGCUCAGUAUCGCUCUCGAUACGGACACCUUAUAUCGAGAAAACCCACUCGAGUGUGGGCAAGUGGCUCACAGCGCGUGAUCGAUACAGCCCGAUAUUUCGCUUCGGGAUUAUUUGGACCGGAUUGGGAGAGUUCCGGAAAAGCUGAAUUACAGAUAAUUCCCGAGACUUUCGAACGCAGGGGGGACACCCUUACUCCGAGCAAAACAUGCCACAAGUAUCUUGAGGACAAGGCUCGACACGACCAUGGAGCAAACAUGCUCGCGAGAUUCCAAAGUGUCUAUAUCCGGAAAAUCGCCAAUCGAUUGAUCGGCGAAGGAAAUUCCGGUCUCGGUGUUUUGACGAACUACGAGGUGUUUGCUAUGCAAGAAAUGUGUGGUUCCGAGACUAUGGUGCGAGGCUCAAGCCCGUGGUGCGACGUGUUUACGGAACAAGAUUGGGAUAGUUAUGAAUACGCCCGCGACCUGCGCCAGUUUUAUCGAGCUGGGCCCGGUAAUUCGUACGCCAGAGCGAUGGGAUCGCUCUGGCUGGAUGCCACGACAGAAUUACUUGGUGACGGGCCUGAAGUUGGCACUCUAUUUUUGAGUUUUGCGCACAGCGGUGAUAUUGCUCGCUUGCUCACGGCGUUGGGUACUUUUGAUGGCGAACCUCAUCUUCCCACGACGCAUAUUGUCCGCGAUCGUACUUGGCGGACCUCGUUGGUCAUGCCUAUGGGCGCGCGAAUCACGUUCGAGCGAUUGAGUUGUUCAUCAACUGAUGCCAAAGCUUAUGUCCGAGUCAAUAUCAAUGAUCGAAUUGUCCCGCUGCCGUCUUGCAGAUCAGGCCCCGGUGAGUCAUGUCCACUGGAGGAAUUUGUGGAUUAUGUGCACCAGCGAAAAGAGGAAGUUGGGGAUUUUGGUGAGGUGUGUGAUCUGGAUGGAGAGGCUGGAAAUAUUACGUUCUUGCACCAUGAUUAA